AUCCAUCCAGCGGCAUCCCAUCUGCAUUCGCUCUCACUGUCGUCGGUUUCGCGGCUGCCUAUCGUCGGAUUGGAAGCAUCACUUUUUCGGAUCAUCAGCUCAGAUGAUGCAGCAAGCGUCGCGACUACGGGCCGAACAACCCCACUGAAAAGUCGGUGUCGUUGGAAUAGAAAGGAAGCCAGCCAGAGAGCAGUAAAAAGCCAUAGGCGUCAUCCUUCCCCUGUCACCAUUCACCACCACCACUCAUUCCAUCCCGCCUUGUCAAUGAUAAUUCCCAGGCGGACGGAGAGAAACGGCAUCGCCUCCCCGCCCCGCUUCAACAAGAUCAGAGUAGAAAACAAAUUUACUAGACACGGAGCCAAUGAGGGUGCAGAGCCGGACAUACUUCUCAGAUUGUCGCCUGCAGGUUGGCAUGAAGAAAUGGGUCUGAACCAUCACCGCUCUUUAUACCGGCUUGCUUGCAAACGGGCUUGGCUUUCCAAUUGCCGCCUCUCCGACCAGGUCCGGAAUAAUGAGGCGAGUUUGCGUUGGAGGGUCAAAUCCAUCGUGAUCGGUGCACUACUAAAGUGAGGCGCCAAGCGCACGCAAGACCGCCGACAGUCAAGCCCCUUUAUUCGUGCGCGGUCUUGGAUAAUGAUCCAGCCACAUUGUCUGCUCCCCCUCCGUUUUGGUCGACUGCUUCCCUGG